GACGGGGUGGCUUCUGAGCCGCUCUCACACUCAGCUUGGCCUACCUGGUGAGGUUGUUGUGAAAUCGGAGGAAGGGCCGUGCAAGCCGCCGGCACCUCGCCGCGGAGGGAGAAGCGUCCUUUGUUUCCAAGAUGCUUUUAAGAGCGACGGUUUGUGUUGCGUUCUUCUUCCAAGUGGCCCCCAUCCUGGCCCGGGAGGCCCGCGGCCACGUUUCCGUGGUCCUCCUGGGGGCCACAGGCGAUCUGGCUAAGAAGUACCUCUGGCAAGGUCUGUUCCAGCUUUACCUGGACGAAGUGAGCCACGGGCACACCUUCACCUUUCACGGAGGGGCCCAGUCGGAGCCUGAGCAAGGCCGGAAACUCAUGUACGAACGGCUCAAGGACCUCGCCUGCCCGCCGGACGUCGCGCCGGACCGCUGCGCGGUGGUCAAAGACCAGUUCCUCCGGCUGACGGAAUAUCACCGGCUGAAAACGGAGCAGGACUACGCCGCCCUCGACCGAGAGAUUCGAACCGUCCUCGCUCAAGAGGGACUGGAGGAGGCGGGUCGGAUAUUCUACCUCUCGGUCCCCCCGUUUGCCUACGUUGACAUCGCCCGGCACAUCAACAGCAGCUGUCGGCCGCCAGCCGGGGCUUGGCUGCGGGUCGUCCUGGAGAAACCCUUUGGCCACGAUCUCAAGUCCGGCCAGGAUUUAGCCGACGAGCUGAAGGCCGUCUUUCAGGAGGAAGAGAUCUACCGAGUGGAUCAUUAUCUCGGCAAGCAGGCGGUGGCCCACAUCCUGCCGUUCCGGGACCAGAACCGGCAACAUUUGAAACCGAUCUGGAACAGACAUCACGUGGAAAGGGUGGAGAUUGUCUUGAAGGAGACGGUGGAUGUGAAAAAUCGCACCAGCUUCUAUGAAGAGUACGGGGUGAUCCGGGACGUCCUCCAGAACCACCUCACCGAAGUGUUGAUGUUACUGGCUAUGGAGCUUCCCGAAAACAUCAGCAACACCGAAGACAUUCUAAGAAGCAAGCUUCAAACCUUUGCCUCGCUCCGGAGCCUGGAGAAAAGCAGCGCUGUGAUUGGCCAGUACGAAGCGUAUAACAGCCACGUGAGGGAGGAGCUUCAGAAGGGGCCGGACUAUUUCAGCAGCACGCCGACCUUUGCAGGUGUGCUGGUUCAGCUGGACAGCCUCCGUUGGGAAGGCGUUCCCUUCAUCCUCACCUCCGGCAAAGUCCUGGAUGAACGGGUGGGCUACGUCCGCGUCCUGUUCAAGAACAGGGCCUAUUGUGUCCAGCGGGAGACCGCGCAGGACCCCGAGCUCAGCCAGUGCAAACCCAAGCAGCUGGUCUUCCACAUCGGGCAGGGCGAGCUGAACUCCCCGGCCGUCCUGGUCAGCCGCAACCUCUUCAAGCCGGCCAUGCCGAGAGGGAGCUGGAAGGAAGUCCACGACCGCCCUGACCUGCGCCUCUUCGGACAACCGCUGUCCGAUUACUACGUCUACGUUCCGGCAGUGGAGAGGGACGCUUAUUCUACCCUGAUCUCCCGGAUCUACCAUGGCCAGAAGGACGUCUUCAUCACCACCGAUAACCUGCUGGCCUCCUGGGGUUUUUGGACUCCUCUGUUGGCCAGUUGGGCUAGCGAAUCUCCCCGCUUGUACCCCGGGGGCCGGGAGAACGGAGCCCUCUUGGAUUUCGAGGUGGUGGGCGGGGAAGUCCGGUUUGUGACGAAGGAGGCGGUAGAGGUGAUGACGACGGCCAGGGGCGAGCAGGCGCCCGGAGAAUACAAGACCAUCCAGUCCAGGUUUCGGCAAAGCCAGCUGGUGACCGCCUGGUCGGAGGAGCUGAUCGGCCGGCUGGCGUCGGACAUAGAAGCGGCGGCCGCCGGGGCCAUCCGGCGGUCUGGGGCGUUCCACUGGGCGCUGUCCGGCGGCUCGAGCCCCCUAGCGCUCUUCAAGCAGCUGGCUUGGCAUCAUUACAGCUUCCCGUGGAAGCAGACCCACGUGUGGCUGGUGGACGAACGCUGCGUACCCCUCGCCGACCCGGAGUCCAAUUUCGGCAACCUGCACGAGCACCUUCUGCGCCAUGUCCGGGUCCCCUACUUCAACGUCCACCCCAUGCCCGUCCACCUCCACCAGCGCCUCUGCGUGGAGGAGGACCGGGGGCCGGAGCUCUACGCCCGUGAGAUCGCCGCCCUGGUGGCCAACUCCAGCCUGGACCUGGUGCUGCUCGGGGUGGGCCCGGACGGGCACACGGCCUCGCUCUUCCCCCACGCGGCCGUCGGCCUGGAAGGCGGGGAACCAGACGUGGUGUUCACGGAAAGCCCCAUCAAACCUCACCAGCGCAUGACCUUCUCCCUGGACCUCAUCAACAAAGCCAAACGGGUCGCGGUGCUCGUCUUAGGGAGAGGCAAGCACGACAUCGUGACGGUGGUCAGCCGGGCAGGCCACGAGCCUCAGAAAUGGCCCAUUUCGGGCGUGAAACCCAGUUCCGGCCAGCUGGCUUGGUACGUGGACUAUGAAGCUUUGCUGGGAUGAAAGCCGCCACCGCCUCCUCCUCCUCCUCCUCUUCCUGGUUCACCCACCUUUCUAGUCCUUGUUCCCGGCACUAACCGUGGUCUGUUUUGUGGUCUGGAAACCUAAGAAGCUGUUAAUGAUAAUAAUUGAAGGUGACUGGUCUCCCUCCAGCUCAGGACCUUGACAGGCUUUAGACAUGCCCCCAAAAUCUCUUUCUACCCUGGUUCCGGUUUUGGGGAGUCAGUGGCCAAAAACAUCAAAUACAGUAGGACCUCCACUAUCCACCGAAUCAGUAUCCACUGAUUCAUUUAUCUGCUGCCUGAAAAUGAACAGA